GGGAGCGAGCAAACCCGGGGGAAGGAAAUAACCGCCGCACACUCUCCUUUUGCAGAGGUGGCAGCAGCCUGUCUCUAAUUGACAGGUCGCCCGUUGAUUAUGUCCCCACCUCACAGAGCAGAGGCUUAUUGUUUUUGCUAUUUUUGAAAAUAUGUUUCUUACGUUUCCGAAACAUAGAUGCUGGGCUGGGGGAAGGACAGGAUCUUUGAAAUUGGGGUGUUUCAGCCAAGUGAGAAUAUGGAGGUCAGAGGGAGUGAAAGGCGAUAGGUGGUGGUUGGUGGAUCUGGGAGGUAACCAGGGGGCAACGGAGAGGCAGAGUCCAUGAAGCAGCUGAGAUUUGGGGCUUGUGGCAUAAGAGUCGGAAGGGACCACGAGGAUCAUCCAGUCCAACCCCCUGCAAUGCAGGAAUCUUUUUGCCCAAAUGUGGGGCUGGAAUAAUCCCAUGAACCCUUGAGAUGAAGUGUCUACCAGCUGAGCCACUGGUUGGGCAGUGGUCCAGGGUGAUAACUGGUCCAAAUCUCCAGGCUGCCAUAAAGGUUUCUUAGCAAUUUGAGGCCAGUCGCUAUAUUUCAGCCCAACUUACCUCGUAGAGUUGUUUUCAGAAUAAAAUAGGCAAGGAAGAGAACCAUCUUAAGGCCCCUGGAAGAAAGGUGGGCCAAUAAAUAUAUGGGGUUUUAUCCAAGGCUAGUCCGACUCUCAGAUUUGAGAGGCUACUUACUGAGUGUUGACCAGAGCUGACCCAUUGAGAUUAAUUAAGUCUACAGAUUUGCUAGAAUAGAAAACAAAUAACAUCAAAUCCUUAUACCUGUCUGCUAGGAAAUAAGUCCCACUAUAUUCACUGGAUCUUGCUCCUGGGUAACUGUUCAUAGGAUUGCUGCCUGAGUCAUAUAAAUUAAAAUGGACAGGCAUGUCGGUUUUCCGCUCAGGCCUGCUGGUUCUGACAUCACCACUGUCAGCACUUUCCUUGCGCCUGGUGCCCAUUCUCGCCUCAGCUGCCCGGCUGGUACAAGACACACUCUAUAUUCACCUGCAGCCAGGGCUCAGCUUGACCGGCUCCACACAGCCCCGUUCCACGUAUGUCCCUGCUACAUCUGAGGUGUACACCCUUAUCAGCAAGUUAUAUGCCAACGCUGACAUCCAUCACCACCUCAAUGUCCGGGUGCUGCUCACCAACAUCCUCAACCAGGGAGCUGCUCCUCCGGCACUUGGAUCCGUGCAGAACCUCUCCCAGCCUCCUGAAGUGGUGCUUACUGACUUUGAAACCGGAGAUGGAGGGCAAUCCAACCCAGUCAAGCAGCGGCUGGAGCGUUACGCUACCAGCUGCUACAGCUGUCGCCCCAAUCUCAUCUCUGUUUUGUUGUACCCUGAGUAUGAGCUAGAAGUCAGCGAUGAGGAGCUGUCCGCACAGCAUGAGACCGAUGCAACUGAGGAGCCACUGCAGAGCUACAGUGACGUCGUCGUAGGGGGCACUUUCGAUAGACUUCACAACGGUCACAAGAUCCUUCUGAGUGUGUGCUGCAUGUUGGCAGAAAAUCGGCUUCUGGUGGGCGUCUCCGACAGAGAUCUCCUGGAAACUAAGAUGCUGAAAGAGCUGAUCUUGCCCUUUGAGCAGCGUGUGGCUCAGCUCAGUGAAUUCCUGGUGGACAUCAAGCCCUCCUUGCGGUAUGAAAUCUCCCCCCUGCUUGACUACUUUGGCCCAUCCAUCACUGACUGCAAACUGAAGUGCAUCAUAGUCAGCGAAGAGACCCUCAAGGGUGGUCUUGCCGUCAACAGGAAGAGGGUGGAAAAUGGUCUCCCUGAGCUGGCUGUCCACGUCAUCAAGCUGGCUCUUGACACCCAGCACGGCAGGAAUGAGGAAGAGAAGAUCAGCUCUUCUAGCCUGCGGUACAGGCUGCUUGGGACUCUGUUACGCUCCCCACAUAAAGAUCCAGGUGUCCCUUGCCACCCCUAUGUUAUUGGGCUGACAGGCGGGUCCGGUAGUGGCAAGAGUUCCAUUGCACAACAUCUGGUUCGUCUCGGUGCUUUCCACUUGGAUAUGGACAGUCUUGGACACAACAUCUACCAUCCAGGAGGCCCUGUGUAUGCACAGGUGGUAGAAACAUUUGGAACAGAUAUUUUGAAAGAAGAUGGAACCAUCAACAGACAAAUCCUGGGGGCCAAAGUGUUUAGAGACCAGGAGCAGUUGACGCGGCUCAACAAUAUCAUGUGGCCAGUGAUGGCUCGAAUAGCAAAAGAAAAGAUAGAUGAGGCAGCUGCACAGGGAAAGGUUGUGUGUGUGCUGGAUGCCGCUAUGUUGUUGGAGGCAGGCUGGGCAGACUUGGUGCACGAGGUCUGGACGACUAUCAUCCCGGAGGAUGAGGCCCUAAGACGCAUUGUAGCCAGAGACAGGCUCAGUGAGGAAUCUGCCAGGUUGCGUCUGCAAAACCAAAUGUCCAACAGCCAGCGCGUGAAACAGUCCCACGUGGUUCUCUCCACAUUGUGGGAGCCAGCAGUUACCUGUGAGCUGGUAGAAAAGGCUUGGGCCCUGCUCCAGAAACGCCUCAAAGAGGAGUAGAGCUUUGAACCGAGAUGGAAUCACUUCUUCACUCUGCCCCUUCGGUGCUGCCAGUCUGGAAAAGUCUACGGCAGGUGGGCCCCACCCCGACGAGGGGCCACAGAUGAGGGUGGAGGUAGGGGGAAAGGGGAGUUCAAAAUGCUUGAUGGCGAGAGGACAGAGCUGACCUCCCUCUGCUUCCCCCCGGUUGCAAAAAGGCUGAGGGAGAGGCAUGAACAAGUGAGGGGUGAGGGGGUGCCUGAUGGAGUAAGAAGGAUCAGCUUUUAGCAUCCAAAGCCAUUGAUGGGUUUCAUGAUUCUGAUGGAGACCAACCUUUCAGCAGCACGACUGACCAACAAGGACACUCAGAGGUCACAGGGGUGGGGAGGGGCUGCUGUGCUUUAGCCCACCACUGCUCUGUUCUGUGUGCCCUGUGCAUAAGCUACACAUAAAGACGACAUCUCUCGACA